GCAGCCGUACAGAAAGUUAUCCUGACUCAUUCGUGUGUACAGACAAAAAGGACAGGUUACAAUUUCUGCAUUCACUGUUGUGGACAUUAGGUGAAAUAUUUCCAAAUGAUGAUACCAUUCCAAUCAGUGUUGUGGAUUUUCUGUCUUGUUACUAUGGUGACUGCGUUAUCUGUUGGCGACUUUGGAGAACGUUCUCAUCAUCUUCUGGGGUCAGAGUUCGUCACCGAAAAAGUGAAGAAUUUUCUUCAGUGUAAGAGUUUGUGUGAUCGCCGAUCUCUGUGUAAAUCUGUCAACUACAACGCCAGAAGUAGAAGCUGUGCUUUGAACUACCAUGACGUCACGACCUCUGAUACAUCACCGAGCCCUGCAGCAUCAUGGGUAGUUUUUAUGGAAAAACGUUUCAUGCAAACGGGAGGAGGUGCCUGUGACAGAAAUCAAUGUGGAGAGAAUCAAGUGUGUACCCAGCUAAAGGGGGCGGGACCAUUGACAGACACGUGUUCACAGGUGAUAUAA